UUGUUGUGUUGAUUUGGCGAUGUAAUGAACACAUAAUUAUCAUCUUAUCCUGAAACUUGAAUGUCAUUUGGGGUAGAGAUGAUCCAACAUCUUCACAAUGUUCAAGGAGCUUUCUCAUUUCAUAAUUCCAGUAGCAUUCAGGGGUGCCAUCAUCAGUGCCAACUAUCCAUACCAUCUCACCUCUUUUUACAUCAAGGUCUUGAUGUUUCCACUGAAAGACAAGGCUUGAAAGGAAGAACUAGAAGCUCCCUACUUCGAUUGAAAGUUAGAUACAGGCAUAUGUUGACAGAGCCAAUAAAGAACACUUCAGUUGAUUAUGAGGUUGAAUUAUGCAAUGGAGCUGAGAAAGACAUCAUCCUGCCAGUACAGUGUCUCAGAAAUUAUCCAAAGGAGGAUCUAUUUGGCAAAAUUGUCAUGGUUCGGUUUGAUUCCACUGUUCUAUUCAAGGAGGGCCAGAUGUUGGAGCUCAAAUCUGUCCACAGAGCUUUUGCAAGCAUAAAAUAUUUAUGCAAUGCUGGUGCCAAAGUGGUUAUAGUCACUGACUGGGGUGAGCCCAAUGGCUCAACACGUCUUCCUACACAGUCUGUUGCAGAUUACCUUUCUAAAUUUCUCCAAGUAAAAGUAUUAGCUGCAGAUGGAAUUUAUGGCAGGGUUCAGUCUAAACAACAAAAAUUGGAGACUGCAGAUAUUCUUCUUUUGGAGAAUCUUUCAGUUUACAAAGAAGAAGUUGCCAACUGUCCGAUAUUUUCAGAAAAGCUGUCAUCAGGAAUUGAUAUCUUCGUUAAUGAUGCAUUUUCUGAUUCUCAUAGAAUUCUUGCAUCAACUGUUGGAGUUGUUCGAUUUGCCCAUGCAUCCGUUGCUGGUUUCCACUUUGAGGAGGAGCUACUUCGACUAACAAAGGCUUUAGAAAUCAUCAAGCGACCUUAUAUCGCAGUUAUUGGAGGGGGAAAUCUGAUGGACAAGUCAUCUGCCUUGUGUCAUCUUGCUUCUCAUUGUGAUGGACUGGUAUUCGUUGGUACAAUGGCAUUUCAAUUUAUGCAUGCUUUAGGACUGCCUGUAUCCUCAGGACUUUUGGAAGUUGGUGCAGCAGCAGAAGCUUUGAAGUUAAUCAACCUAGCAAAAGAAAGGAACAUACCGAUUCUAAUUCCAAGAGAUUUUUGGUGCAUGAACAGUGAAAACCCAAAGCUCUUGAAUGUUUUCCCAGCUCAUGAUCUCUUAGAUGGUUGGAAACCAAUUGAUCUUGGACCGAAGUCAUUAACUGAUAUAUCUUCUUUGCUUUCUGAAAGCAAGAAGGUUCUUUGGAUUGGUCCUGUAAAGCUUGGCACAUCACAAGAAAAAAAUGGAGCAUCUCGCUUGGUUUUUACCCUUGGUCAAGCAUGUGCAAAUGGGUGCCUUUUAACUGUUGUGGGGCGAGCUGCUUGCAAAGCUAUCAAGGAAGUAGAGACUUCACAAUCAAUGCAAUAUUGUUUUAAAAGUGCUGCAGUUGUAUGGAAAAUUCUUAAAGGCCAAAGUCUACCUGGUGUAGCGGCACUUGACCAGGCUUACCCGUAUGUACUUAACUGGAGUUCUAUAUAUGAUGAUCCUUCUGGACCUUUGAUUGUUGACAUUGGGAGCGGAAAUGGUUUGUUCCUUCUAAGAAUGGCUAGAACGUGGAGUAGCCUAAACUUCCUUGGGCUUGAGAUCAACAAAAAGCUUGUGCACCGUUGUCUAGAGUCUGUUCAGAAGUUCGGGCUCAGAAAUGGACACUUUAUUUCGACAAAUGCCACAACAACAUUCCGCUCUAUAGUUUCCAGUUAUCCAGGCUUUUUACUGCUUGUUUCAGUUCAGUGCCCAGAUCCAGAUUUCAACAAAAGUGACCAUAGGUGGAGAAUGCUGCAAAGGACACUCAUCGAGGCAAUCACUGACUUGCUUUCUGGGGAAGGAAAGCCUAUGGGGGAUAUCUUGAAAGAGGACUCUCUCAGACUAUACUUGAAACCCAAAAACAGAGCAGAACACCGAAGCUUAAUGGGUCUCAUGAUGAUCGCCAAGAUGUGUUCUAGCUCAUGAACAUUGAGAGCUAUGUUAUCGUUGGACCUAAACUAGCAGUAGGCCACUUACCAAAGACAGAACUCAGAACUUACUUUCCAUGGAAACCACAAAAAAGAUAUUUUUUUGGGUUGAAAACCACAAAAAAGAUUGAGUGCCUGUUUUAGAUAAAUGUCCAAGAUUGCCAUGUAAUUCACUGAAAUUAAUCUAAGGUGUUUCCGAUUUUGUUUAAUAAAUAGAUAAUAAGAAGUAAACAAAGAUGAAAAAGCUAAUUUGUGGGCAGCGGCAAAUGUGGAAUCAGUAACAAAAUUGUAGCAAAAUAACUUGGGCAUCAGAGACUCGGGGAUUAAAUAUCAAUAAAAAAAAUCUGGGACAGCAUGAGUGACUCCUAUUGAUGAUGAGUGGAGGGUGGGUUCCUUGAGUGGAGGGUGGGUUCACUUUUGACCAUGUGCUGUGUUUUUUAUUAGUUUGUACAUGUGAGAGAAAGGCUUUCACCUAUGCUUCCACAUAUGCUCACUGAGAGUCAUUUAUAUCGCAGGAUAGAACUCUCUGAGAAGGUUCUUUCCCGUUUGUGUACUGCUUUCAUGCAUUUGUCUCAUGGGAAAGUGGAAGAUACUGUAGCAAUAGGGUAAAGGGUUUUCAGCCUUUCCCAGCUAGCUAUUUACUUUCCGAGAAUGCCGCUUCAUACCUAUUUAGGUAUGAAAGUGCUUUCUCAGGUGACAUUAUGCUAUUCUCUGGGAAUGAACUCUUCCAAGGCCCCGAGGAAGUGCUUUCCAACAAGACAAGCAUGCCCUCAUUGUUUGCAACCCUUUCCAGGACCCUCAAACCCAUCUGAACUUCUCCCAUCCAGGGAAUCUGGAGCCCAUAAAUCUGAUAAGUAGUUUUGGUUGGUAAUGUAAUUUUGGAGUUGUGUAUCCUAGAAACUGAUGUGGCUGUAAUUAUUGGAUCUCAGCCUUUCCUAUACCCAGACAUCCUUAGCCCACUCCAUGCACGAGGCGGUCCAUUCCAUCUAGAGAUCUCUUUUUUGAUAUGUUAGAAGUAUAGUUGGUAGGAGUGGAACCUGUGACGUCACUCAGUGGUUCCUCCACCCUGACCAUCCAAAACUCAGGCCCAUUCAUUCAACCUAGAGAUACCCAAAAAGAGAAAUAAUGAACACGGAGCAUGUCUCUUGAGGUCGCCCAUAGGUCUCACACACCAACUUUUUGAAAAACUAACUUGGCAUUGUUUGAAGCAUUGAAACUAGUGCUAAAGCUGAAAAGGAAGCUCGAGGUAUAAGAAGGCAGGAAUCAUGUACUGGUUUUCUUUCAUAACCCAACCAUAUUUCUUUUCAAAAUGAUAUACUAUUUUUUUGCACACUUUUAUUCUCAAUUAGUUAAUGCACUUGCUGAAUUCAAGAUCAGUUUAGUGAAUGGUUUUAUGGUGUUUAUGUGGCAGCACUCUAAAAUAAUGAAGGGACAUUAUUAUCUUGUAAGUUGGUUCUCAGCAGAUUUUUUUAAGGCCAGGCUUAGUAUUCUAAUAAAGCUGAGACCUCGUAAUUCUUUCCAUCUAGAAAUUUGUUAUGGUAAAACUUACUAUGCUUCCUCACCCAUAUAUACUUUUCUUACAUCCCCCGUCCCCCAGUCUUCCAAUCUAAAUGAAUGGCUUGGAUGUCUUCAACUAUAAUGUCACAAGUGAUCCACUGACUGUUUGAUCUAGUUAUGACGUCUCGGAGUAUUUUAUUUUUAAUUUUUUCUACAAAUCAUAUGAAUAUGAUGCAGCUAAAAAAAAUUGAAAAUAUAAUUUGAAAAAUAAAAUAAAUAAAAUACCCUUGAAAGUUUCAUUGGGAUUGGGGCCAUCUUAGCGUCCAUUCAAAUAGGACGGUUGGGAGAUGGGUGAUGUACGAAAAAUUUAUAUGGAUGGAGAAGUAUAGUAAGUUUUCCCAUUGGUUAUAGACUUACUAAUGUGGGGGACAACCUAUUGGACACAACCCAAUUUAUAGUAUUGUACAAAGAUUUUAGAAAAGGGAAAGGUUUUUAUACUUUCCCUACAACAUAAAAGAUAUAUGCAUCCCCUCUCAUCGGUUAGUAUUUUUUGUUUGAAAAAUGCUUAAUUAUAUUUCAAAACAUUACUUUGGUUUUAUUAUACUUUCCUAAAAUACCUUUGUAGAGAGACGAAGGGUUUGAGUCCUACAUUGAAGAGGAGAGAGUUUGUUAAGUUGUAUUUAAGAACACGUAUUCCUACACGAUAUACUCUAAAUACAAAGGAGAGGGGAGGCGCAUGUAUGGAGGACACGAAUUGUGUGACGUACAUGUACAUGUGCAUGUGUGUGUGUGUGCGUCUGCGAGGGCAAGGGUGAGGGCGUGGGCCCUUGAUGACGCACUUUUCACUUUGUGAGUGCUCGUGGCUCGUUAGCUUUUUGUGAGCCCGGCUCGUAGGGAGAUCCAACGGUUAUCUAGCUGUUGAUGCGUGUGGGACAUCCAACGGUCAUUUGGCCCUCCUACCCGUGCGAGUUACAGACUUAGAACAAUUUUGUAGCCUCUCUCACUAGACCAUUCUCUGCAAUUCCAGCAAGUAAACUAGUGUGGUAAACUCUCUCUCUCUACUCAAUUUUCUCUCUCUCUCUCUCUCUCUCUCUAAUGCAUCAAGACUUUGGUGUCUAGUGUGUGGGUUCCAAACUUGGGUGCAUAGAGCUUAGGAGCAUUGUAAACGACCUCUCUGUUUUCCUGCAUCCCGAAGACGAAUUGCCCUUCUUAUGCACAUCAAAUAUUAUAUUGAAGGGGGGCAAAUAUCGUCUUGAGAUAGCGUUCAUGCGUGCCCGAAAACAAGAAGAGUUUGAGUUUUCAUUUUUGCAAAUCGUACUAUUUUCUGCACCUUUUUCACCCAUCAAAUUCCAACAAUUCAAGACAAUAUCUCAUGAGUGAGAGAAAAAAGACUGCCAUGACUUCUUUGAAGGUUAUGAAUCAUGAUUUUACUCAACUUGAACGCUUAAACGGGUUGAAUUUCAAGUGAUGGUAGCAAAAUGUUCUAUUUUUACUUACCACUCUCAAAGUGGUUUACAUAGUCACCGAGUCAACGCCUACACCGUCGCCACCAUCGGAUGACUCCACCGAUGAAUAAACUCAAUCAUACAAGAGAUGGAUGGAUGAUGACUAUAUAUGUAAGGGUCAUAUUCUAAAUGCCUUGGCGGACCCGACCUAUGACAUGUAUGCCUCCAUUGGUAAGGCAAGAGAGUUUUGGAAACUACUUGAAACCAAAUACCUCACAGAAGAGUCUGGUAACAAAAUAUUUCUAAUCUCUAACCUUUUAGAUUUCAAAUUCAUUGAAAAUAAAUCUAUUCUCUCUCAAAUAUUUGAGUUGCAGCUUGUAGUCAUUUAACUUAAAGAUUGUGGUAUCUUUGGAUAAAUAUCUCCUAGUAGGUUCUAUAAUUCAUAAGUUUCCCCCAUCUUGAAGAGAGUACCAAAAGACGAUGAAACACAAGAAAGUUGAUCUCGAUUUGGUCCAACUUCAAAUAUCUAUUCGAAUUGAAGAAUAGAAUAGACUUAGCGAAAAAAAAUCAAUUCAUUUUGACUCUAAUGCAAACCUUGUUGAGCAAAAUCAAAUGCUCUUUAUAGCAAUAAGCCUUUCUUUCCCAAGGUCUAUAAUGAAAAUUAUAAGGACCUAAAGUCUAUUGCCAACAAGAAAAAAACCACUUGUCAGGUAUGUGGAAAACCGGGACACUAUUCAAGAGAGCGUCAACAUUGGAAAGGGUUCAAAAGGCCUAGAGAUCAAGUGUACUUGACCACUAAAGUAAAAUUUGUACCAAUGGUCACCGAAGUAAAUAUGAUCGAUAAAGAUAAUGGAUGGUGGGUCGAUACUAACAUGUAUCAAACCAGUGUUUAAAAAUGCAGUCGCAUCAUGUGGGAUGCGCUCGCAUCCGCAUUGCAAACUGGCGCAUAUGCGCUUUUGACAGAUGCGGCCGCAUCAGGAGGCAUCAUGGCUGCAUCCUGCAUCGCUUCGCAUCACGCCGCAUCUGUUUUCGCGGAAAUGUUUUUCGCUUUUCCCCCUCCGAGGGGGGGGGUAAAAAUGGUCUAUUUGUAGUUCCAAAGUUUAGGGAAACUAUUUGGGGGGUUAUUAUACCCCCCUAAACGAAGAUUUCCAGCCACUUUUGUGGCCUUUUUGCAUCAAAAUGAGGGAAAAAAAAACC